AAAUCCGAGUGACGCAACAAGCUGUCAGCUGUUCUUGUUUUGCUUCGUUUUUUUCCCUUCUUCUUGCUCCAGAGUGUCUGAUCUCUUCUGUACUAAAUAAGAACAUUUAUGGAACUCAGAUUUGGAUUCUAAAAACACCGGAUAUAAGGAGUUCAAAACACUCAGGCCUAUGAUUAGAUCGGUUUAUUGUUAAAAAGGCGAUCGAGAUUUCUUCUCAGCUGGAUCCUCAAUCCGACGCUAUCGUGCCAAGAGGCAAAGCCGAUCCCAGGCCUCCGAUCCAGGGCGGAGGGAGGGAAAGAGGUCGCUGGGAAUCGGGAUGGAGACGGGAGAGGGAGCAGACGGUCCUAGCGGACCGGGUGAACCGGGAGCCGUGCCGGGGACGGAGCUGACGGGGCUUGGCUGCGCCUCUUUCAACCAAGACUCCACGUCAUUGGCAGUGGGAACCAAGACAGGCUAUAAGCUGUUCUCUGUGACCUCAGUGGACAAACUGGACUGCAUCUACGAGAGCGAGACCCCAGACGUGUACAUCGUGGAGCGGUUGUUCUCCAGCAGUCUGGUGGUGGUGGUCAGUCUCUCCAUCCCCAGACGGAUGAACGUCUACCACUUCAAGAAGGGAACGGAGAUCUGCAACUACAGCUACAGUAACAACAUCCUCUCUGUCAGACUCAACAGACAGAGACUGGUGGUGUGUCUGGAGGAGUCAGUGUACAUCCACAACAUCAAAGACAUGAAGCUGCUGAAGACCCUUCUCAACACGCCCUCCAACCCCUCAGGUCUGUGUGCUCUGUCCAUCAACCAUUCCAACUCGUACCUGGCCUACCCAGGCAGCUCCACCAUCGGAGAGAUCAUAGUUUACGAUGCCAACAACCUGAGCACUGUCACAAUGAUCCCGGCCCAUGACAGUCCCCUGGCUGCUCUCACCUUUAACUCGUCAGGCACCAAGCUGGCCAGCGCCUCAGAGAGGGGUACUGUAAUCCGUGUGUUCUCCAUCCCAGAGGGACAGCGUAUGUUUGAGUUCCGCAGAGGGAUGAAGAGGUACGUCAAUAUCAGUUCCCUGUCCUUCAGUCCUGACGCCCAGUUCCUCUGUGCCUCCAGCAACACUGAGACCGUACACAUCUUCAAACUAGAACAGCACGGACCCAGUGGAGAGGAGGAGUGUCCUACCUGGGGAUCCUACGUAGGGAAGAUGUUCUCUGCAGCCAGCAGCUACCUCCCAGCCCAGGUGUCUGGCGUGAUGAGUCAGGAAAGAGCCUUCGCCACUGUACGCCUCCUAGUGGCCGGGCAGAGGAACGUCUGUACCCUCGCCACGAUCCAGAAGCUUCCUCGUCUGCUGGUGGCCUCCUCCGACGGACAGCUGUUCAUCUAUAACGUCGACCCCCAGGAUGGAGGAGAGUGCGUCCUGGCUCAGAAACACAGAUUGUUUGGUGAGGAUGAGGACAAGGAGGAAGGGGUGGAUUCAGAAGGGUCAGAGGUCACGGUGCCCGUCCAGGCAUGUCCAUCAUACGCCGCCACUGUUGCCAUACCAGCCACCGGUCCAGUCACUACCACGCUCACAGGUUACUCUGAGGAUGGUGGGGCUAAGAAGGGCGAGGUGAUCCCAGAACAUGAGUUUGCCGCUGGUCCCGUCUGUCUGGAUGAUGAGAACGAGUUUCCUCCAAUAAAUUGGUGCCGCGACGGAACUCGAGGUGGCCAGGGGCGUCGCCUGUGAGGGAAGGACAGGAGGACAGACAGACAGGUGUCUGUGGUACACGUUAGAACACACUGACACCUGGUCUGGAGCCACAGGCGGGAGGACAGACAGGUGUCUGUGGUACACGUUAGAACACACUGACACCUGGUCUGGAACCACAGGCGGGAGGACAGACAGACAGACAGGUGUCUGUGGUACACGUUAGAACACACUAACACCUGGUCUGGAGCCACAGGCGGGAGGACAGACAGACAGACAGACAGGUGUCUGUGAUACACGUUAGAACACACUAACACCUGGUCUGGAGCCACAGGCGGGAGGACAGACAGACAGACAGACAGGUGUCUGUGGUACACGUUAGAACACACUGACACCUGGUCUGGAGCCACAGGCGGGAGGACAGACAGACAGACAGGUGUCUGUGGUACACGUUAGAACACACUGACACCUGGUCUGGAACCACAGGACUUCCAGGGGAACCGUUACCCAGAGAGAGAGUCAGAUAGAGAGGAACAGGAAAAGAGGGGGAAAAGAUUCUCAUUUUAGGGUGCUAAGUUAUUUUUUUGAAUUAAGUGAUUUAAAAAUAAAUAAAUAAUAAUGAUUUCUAAUUGGGAGGGGGGGGGGGCAGGACUGGGUGUUUGUGAACCGGUGUGUUACAGUCCUGGGUCAAAUAUAUAAUGUCAAACACUCAAAUACCAUUAUGUCCUAAAAGGCACCCUAUUCCCUAUUUAGUGCACUACUUUUGACAAGGCCCAUAGGGCUCUGAUCAAAUGUAAUGCACUAUAUAGGGAAUAUAGUGCAAUUUGGUGCACAGUCCAGAGCUGUGCUUAGUUUAGUUCAGUGGUUCUCAACCCAGGGGUACUAGGAGAGGGUACUAGAGGGGGUACUAGAGAAGACUCAUGAGACCAUAGGCCUACUGGUCAAAAUGCACAUGAAGGGGGUACUUCAGGGGUACUCUGGGCAGAGCGAAAUUUAGUUGGUGGCAUACUAAC